CGCAACAAAAUUUAUCAUUAAUUUUUAUUUUUUAAUUUUUUAUUUUUAAUUACACUCCGUCAUCUGAAGAGUCAUAUCUUUUCUUCAUUUAUUACUUGUCUUUAUCGUAUCCAUCUGGCUGUCUCAUUUCCUCAAUUUCACUUUUUUUUUUUCUUUUCAUUAUUUUUCCAUCCGUUUCUCGUUUCAUCUUCUUUCAUAUUCCCUUUUUUUUUUUUAUUUUGUUUGGGUCUUCUUGGAAAAAUCUUGGAAUUAAUCAUUUGCUGAUUCUGAAAACCAUCCACUCUGUUUUUUUUUUUUUUUAAUUUUUUUUUUUUAAUAAUCUCAUCUGGGUUCUGAUCCUUAGAGCUACUAUAAGAGUAGGACGGCGUCCCAGCUGGACAUGUAAUAGCACCAAAAUUGUCAACUUUACUGUCUGUCAUUUUGUCAGUUGGCAAGUAAUUAUUCCAAGUUAGCUGCUGGGUCUUUUUUGUUUCUUUGCUAUUAUUGAUUAUACAUUUCUUUUGUUUUCCUAUUUUCUUGUAUUGAAAUUUGAAGCAGCUUUUGGGUUUUUCAAGAUAGAAAUGGGUAUAUAUCUCAGCGCUCCGAAAACUGAAAAAUUCUCUGAAGAUGGUGAGAAUGAUGGACUGAGAUUUGGUUUAUCAUCCAUGCAAGGGUGGCGUGCAACCAUGGAAGAUGCUCAUGCUGCAUAUCCCAAUCUGGAUGCAUCUACUUCAUUCUUUGGUGUUUAUGAUGGCCAUGGAGGUAAGGUGGUUGCUAAAUUCUGUGCCAAGUAUCUCCACCAACAGGUGCUGAAGAAUGAAGCAUAUGCUGCUGGAGAUGUAGGCACUUCUGUUCAAAAGGCUUUCUACAGGAUGGAUGAAAUGAUGCGUGGACAAAGGGGAUGGAGGGAGUUAGCUGUUUUGGGAGAUAAGAUAAACAAGUUUACUGGCAUGAUAGAAGGGCUGAUUUGGUCUCCAAGGAGCAGUGAUAGUAAUGACCAGGUUGAUGAUUGGGCAUUUGAGGAGGGUCCUCACUCUGAUUUUUCUGGCCCAACUUCUGGGAGUACAGCCUGUGUUGCAAUCAUCAGAAACAACCAGCUUGUAGUAGCGAAUGCCGGUGAUUCUCGUUGUGUGAUAUCUAGGAAGGGGCAGGCAUACAACCUGUCACGAGAUCACAAACCUGAUCUUGAGGCUGAGAAGGACAGAAUUUUAAAAGCUGGUGGUUUCAUUCAUGCUGGACGAGUUAAUGGAAGUUUAAAUCUUGCAAGAGCUAUAGGUGACAUGGAAUUCAAGCAGAAUAAAUUUUUGCCAGCUGAGAAGCAAAUUGUAACUGCUAAUCCAGAUAUAAACACUGUUGAACUUUGUGAUGAUGAUGAGUUUAUGGUGCUAGCAUGUGACGGUAUCUGGGAUUGCAUGUCAAGCCAGCAACUUGUAGACUAUAUACAUGAACAGCUAAGAUCAGAAAGCAAACUCUCUGCAGUCUGUGAGAGAGUUCUUGAUAAGUGUUUGGCACCAUCAACAGCUGGUGGUGAAGGAUGCGACAACAUGACGAUGAUCUUGGUGCAGUUCAAGAAAAACAUUCAGUCCACAGCAUCUGCUGAGGAGCAAUCUCCAGAACUGAAAGAAGCCGAGACUGAUUCGAAGCCAGAAGAAUCUGAAUCAAAAUAGUGGCUGCUGUCUACCCACAGAACAGAUCAUGUAAACAAUAACUCUGGCUUAAGAAAGUGAUUACAACAAAUCUUGCUUUAUUCUCAGAUCUGUAAUUGUAGAUGGUUUAGCAUGCAGAUUAUGAAUCAAAUUUUAGGAAAUUUCAUGUUUGUGCCACGUGUGCUUAGGUUUGGAGUAUACUAUAUAUAUGUACAUAUGCGUUUGACGACCAAAGUUUUUGAACAUCAUGUGGACAUGCUGCUCUUUGGGAAACAAUGCAUCAAAGUUUUCGGUAUUUGCCAAAA